CCGUACGAAACAUAGAAUCUAAGGAGUUUUUUCCCCUUCAAAAUGUCAGCGCCCAUGACGUGGAAACAUUUUAUUGUCGUCUAAACUCAAUACUAGUCUCAUUUAACACAGAUUGUGACAAUGGAUUACACCAAGUUUUUAGACGAUGAAUUUAAUGUUAAAGAUUGGGUUAACAAUGCCUUUGCUACAAACAAGGAACAAGGUGUGGCUAAAGAUCAAUACGCAACUACUCUUGUGAUGAAACUGCAAGUGUUUAUACAGGAAGUGAACAAUGUGAUUGAAGAGGCUAGUCAACAGGCUAUACAGAAUCUACCAAGAGUGAUGCGAGAAAUUGAGGCAGUGAAACAAGAAGCUGCCCUAUUGCAGGAUCAGAUGGCGUCUGUCAAACAUGACAUACAGAAGGUGGAGCAGGACACAUCUCAGUCAAUGCAGACGCUUCUAAAGCUCGAUGCCAUCAAAUCUCGAAUGACCCUCGCUGCGGAUGCCCUCAAAGAGGCUGAUAACUGGACGACUCUUAGUGCUGAUCUCGAAGAUGUGUUCCAGUCACAAGAUAUACAAGCGAUUACAGCCAAGUUAUCGGGCAUGCAGCAGAGCCUGCAAAUGUUGGUGGACACGCCGGACUAUAAAGAGAGGUGUGAUCACUUGGAGAAGCUGAAAAACAGACUUGAGGCCAUCCUCAGUCCGCAGUUAAUGGCCGCCUUCAACUCACAGUCUGUUGAGGCUGCCCAGAAGUACACAGCCAUCUUCAGGUCAAUAGAGAGGCUUCCUCAGCUGUACAAGUUUUACAACAUGUGCCACAAGAGUGUUCUACUGAAGCAGUGGAAGUGCAUUGUUGAGGAUAACUCGGAGGAGACUCUCAUAGAGUGGAUCAAUCAGCUGUAUGACCACCUGCUGUCUACAUGGCAUUCACAGAUGAAGUGGUGUGGGCAGAUAUUCCCCGACCCCCUGCCCGUGGUGUGUCAGCUGCUCACAGACAGCCUGGGUGGGCUGGACCCUCCCCUCACCGACUGCUUCACGACCUUCCUGGGGCAGAAGAAAGAGCCCCUACUGGGGCUUAUAGAGCUGAAACAGAUUUCAGAGCGAUUUGCUAAAAGCAUUGAAAAGGCUGCUGAAAAUCACAUGAAAGACAACGUAGAGUAUGUACGCAGCAUGGAGUGUCUACUGGUGAUGGUGUACAGCCCCUACACUCCAUACCUACUCAAGUAUAGAGGAUACGAGGAGGCUCAGCUGAACCGAGAACUGGAGAACAUCAAACUGGACCAUGCUGAGGUUUUUGAGACGGUACAGCUGCUAGGUCAAUCUGUCAGCAAGUUGCUCAGUGUUGCCAAUCACGCGGUGGACAGAUGUGUCCGACUGACCAAUGGCUGCUGCUUUGUGCAACUUCUACAUGCUUUGAAGACCUACUUUAACAACUACUGCAAGGAGUUUUACAGAGUGCUGACAAACGUGAAAGAGAAGUGCAAAGUGGCACACGGUGACCUGGAAUCAGAGGACUGGUCCAACUUCCAACACUCCCUGAGAAUGAUCCAGACGGUCGGGGACCUAAUCAUGCACAUAGAGGAGUUUGACGGACUGGUUAUCAGCAACAUCAUGCACAGUGUGGGCCACCUGCAUGUGACCAGUCUGCCCAGGGAAGGGGGACAACUCUGGUACACCACAAAGAAGUCGGAGUUGCACGCCUUGGCGUCGUUGUUUCUCAGCAGCAAGGCGGACGUGGAUUCUCUGGUUGUCCUGGUUACAGAUUUACAGGAAGGCAACACACCUGCAGUACUAAAAGACACUCAGAGCGACAUUCAUAAACUGAGCGAGGCGGUUCACACGUUUGCCUUCGAGAUCGUAUUUGGGCAGAUCAAGGGUCAUCUUACCAGUGUGGCGGGUAUGGAGAUAUGGCAGUCCCGGAGUGCUGGUGGAGCUCUAACAUCCAACCUGCCGACAUUCAGCCUCUCACCUCAGGAGUAUAUUACCAAGAUUGGUCAGUUCUUGAUGACCUUGCCUCAGCAUCUUGAGCCAUUCACGCUAGAGGACGACCCGGCUGUACAGGUGGCUGUGAAAUACGGGAAGCUGCCUUUCACUGACGAAACAGAAUUGCCAGAACAUAUUGCCAACCUCUGGUUAGAGUCCAUUGCACGAGGCACCAUGCAUGUGCUCUCAGAGGAAAUCCUGAAAAUACGAGACCUGUCACCACAUGGCACCAAGCAGUUAGUGACAGACAUUGACUACCUGUGCAACGUGUUAGAAGACCUGGGUCUUCAAGCAACGGACACAUUGAAGAACAUAGACCAGCUACUGAGGGCCAGUUCGGACACUUACCAUGAUGUGGCCGACAAUCUUCCCCAGCGAUUGGCCCAUGCCAUCGGUAACAUGCGACACAUCAGCUUGUAAUCAUAUCGGUACAUGAGAGUCAACACCAAGAUUGGUCAAAGCCAUCGCUAACAUGGGACAUAUCAUCUUGUAAUCACAUCGUGCUGUGGCUAUGGGAUCUGUCUUGAGUCUCGGAGGUCACAGGUUCAUUCUCCACUGUGAGAUUCUUUAGAUCUCCUGAAAUAACACCAAGUACUGGAUCUACCCAGAAAACGUCUUGAGAGUGUUUCAAUUAGCCUUAGGCUUUUGAUGCAAUCUUAUUAAAAUAAAAAGGUUUAAAUCUGUAAAAAAAAUCCAAUGGGUUCAAGGGAUUGAACACUUUUGAUACCAGUCAGAAUUUAUCAAUCUGUCAGACAAAACCUAUACAUUUACAAUGUCGGACACACAUUUGGGUUCUGUAAUAAACUGUUUAUGACAAGAAAUUAAAAACAACUACAGAAUCUGUGAAACUUGUCAUAGGGUAAGACAAACUGACAACAUUACAAUAUCUGAUAAGCAUUUGGGCUGUGUCAUACAAAUUGUGAGACAACUUCAAAUGUAACCUGCAUGCUUGUUUGACAUUGAUCAAGAUGCAAGACCAGAUUGCAACUAAAUAUGACAUUGUUUGUGACCUUGUGGAUGUUUUGCACAGUUUUCCCAAAUAUACAUGAGCUAUGCUCUGUGAAAAGGGGUUUAAUGCAUGUGCGUAAUGUGUCAUCCCAGAUUAGCCUGUGAAGACAGGGACAACAUUUUCCAUCUAAACUUCAUUUUUUUGUAAGAAGAGACUUUCUGGAAACAAAAACUAUCAUAAGAGCGGAAAGUGUCGUCCCUGAUAAGCCUGUGCAGACAACACAGGCUAAUCUUGGACAACACUUUAUGCACUUUCAUAAAUACCCCUUUUCACACAGUACGGCCCAAAUCUUUAACCAUAUUUUAUUGUUAACUAGUGUUGAAAGGCUUGCAAACUAACAAAAUUCCUUGACCAGCUGGAUUAAACCCUGGCAUGAAAUGACAAUUAUCUGAUCUGAUCUUUCUGUUAUCACAUGCUUUUGUUGGAGAAACACACAGACUUAUUUUACAUGUGAAUGUUGAAUAUUGUAUAGUUAAAUGGUUUAAGGACUAUUAAGGGAACGUUUGUAUAUGUACUAUUUAUUUUGUAUUUAUUUUUAUCAUAUCUGUAUUUCUGCAAUCCUAAUCAGUGGAAAUUGUUUGAAACUUCUUAAACAAAUAAUGCAUGGAAUCUGUUAUAUAUGACAAUAACACUACAUAUAUUUAGAGUAUAAUUGUUAUCCAUGAAAUAAUUUAUAAAUAGUUUAUGUAAAACUGUGGUGAAUAUUUCUUCUAAUGUGUGAAAUCAGUGUGAAAUCCAAUGUUAAACAAUGAACCAUCAAGUGCAUCAUGAAACACAUCUGUGAGAGUGCGUACGACUAAUGUAUCUUAUGUAUGGGUGUGCAGGCAGAUGCAAUAUACUUACACUCAAUCUAAGACACGCUUUAUUAAAAUAUUUUCAAUAUUUUAAUGUAAAAGAAUGAUACAUACGUCCACAAACUUAAGGAACCUUUUGAAGGAUGUAAAUUUACUUCUUAUUUUUCCUAUGCUAAGUUUGUUAUAGUUGCCACAUACUGACUCUGUAAACUGAUGCUAUUACAGGUUGUAACAAGAUUUAUUUUAAGUCAUUGACAAAUUAAUAUGAUGGACUGGGUUUUUGUAAAGGUAUACAACAUAGAAUACAAUUAUUGUUGUUUAUGAAAUGUUAUUUUAUUUUGAAGGGUGCAAAUACAUUUGUAAGAAAUCUU